GGUAUUAUAAAAUACAACACCGCACUAAUCCAUUAUCGCAAAGCAGAGAACCGCUUCAAUGGCGAACCAGUCUGCUGCUUCUGGUUCUUCUUCAUCUCCUCAACCUCUAGAACAAGGAUUUGAAGAUGAUGAGUCGAUGAUGGUAUACGGUUCGGAGCCGGGUUGGGUCGAGGCUAAAACAAGCUGUGAUCAUUUGGGUGGUUCUUUAUGUGGUGAUCUCACUCAUAUUCCUGGUCCUGAUACUCCUUGUCACAGGUGCCAACAUCCGAAUGAGAACUGGCUAUGUUUGUCAUGCAAGGAUGUCCUUUGCAGCCGUUUCGUGAAUAAACAUAUGCUACAACAUUAUCACGAAACGACACACUGUGUUGCUCUCAGCUAUAGUGACUUGUCGGUUUGGUGCUUUGCCUGUGAUGCAUAUCUAGAUGCUCAAGUGAUUAUGCAGCUGAGGCCUGUCUACGAGACUGCUUACAUCUUGAAAUUUGGCGAAGCCCCUCCUUUUCGUGCCGUUGAGCUUACACAAGAUGGUACAUCUUCUAGUACUUAACUAUAUAGGAGAAGUAGUGGUAAGGGUUAUCUUUGUAUAUCCGCAGUGAACUAACUGUAGGUGAAGAUCAUAGAUCCAGUUCUGUAGUCUUACUAGCAGAAUGAAGAUAAGAUAUAUCGUUAGUGAGUCGUUUUUUUUCUUUUUUGGAUUUUUUAGUCGGUGUUUGUCUCGAAUCUGAAUGCGGGUUAUAUAUAA